AUGCUUCAGACACAUGGCGGCCCCCAAGACAACCGCACCGAGAGCAGCACGAGGGACGAUGACAGAGGACACGACCGAACCAUGCAGCCUCUGUCGUUGCCCAAGAACCGCAGCACGGGAAACCUGCACCUAUCAGCUGACCCGUCCGACCGCAGUCGAUACCGAAUGUCCUUUGAAGCCUCGUCGGCCGGCAUCAUGGACCACGACCCAAUCACCAGACCAUCUCCUAUUACCGACCACGAGCACGGCUUGGGGCUCUCUGGCCUGCGCCGUAUACGACAGCAGCAUCCUCCCUCCCGAGCGCCAACCCUGCCUAGCUCGAAUGCAUCUUCACGCAGCCCUUCAGUUGUUGCGCUCACCCGCUCUACCUCCAUGACUGCAAUGCUGAGCAGCUACGCUACAACGCCUUUCGUCGGAGCGCCCACAUCUCCCAGCUUCUCCGAAGACCUGUCGCGGUUUCCUUCCGAGUCUCUGCACUCCUUCUCCUUCGCACAUCAAUCGGAGGAUUUUCUGCACAAUCGUCAAAAUGUCCUGAAGCGUUCCCUGGAGUUCAUGAAGGACCGCAUGGGCCUGACCAUGACCUCGACUCAAGCCGGCCUUGCCAGCGCCCAGGCCAGGGUUUCGGGCGAUGUCGACGCGCAGCACAUGCUGGAAUUUCUUGCACGCGCGCAAGUAAUAGGCGCAGGGAACUUGCCAAAUCCCGAUCCCACGGCCCUUGCUCCUCCGCCAUUGACUGGUCCGGCUGGCUUAUCUGCUGAGAAUGUGUUUGAUAUGCAGUUUAGCCCGAGAGCAUCGAUCGUGGAUUUAACGGCACCUGACUUCACAUAUAAAGCUUCAAAAGAGGGUCCCCUAAAGCAAGAAGACUCAAGUAGAGCUCACGCUGGCGAUGAUGGAGCUGCUUCAAAGAUGCCACUCCCUACCUCAAGACCGGCCAACUUGAAGCGGACCAUGACUGACACCCUGAGUAUGGCUUUACAAGAUAAACUGAUGGAUACCAUGUCACAACCUUUUCUUCCUGGCGAGCCGCUGUACGAAGAGCCAUUGGCCUCACCAGGGUCAACGAUGCAGCCUACAGCACAGUUAAAGAGCUUCUCCGCUGCGGUUGGCCCCGCGGUACACGGACAUACGAAUAGAUGGGUACCAGCCGCCCAAGCAAUCUUUACGACAGAGGCAAAGCCGCCUUGGACUAUUUUAGCGGCCAACGAUCUGGCCUGUCUUGUUUUUGGUGUCACAAAAGCCGAGGUUCGAAAAAUGGGCAUUCUGGAGGUUGUACAAGAAGAGAGACGGUCAUGGCUGGAGCGUAGACUUAUGCAGCUGAGUGACGCGGAUCUGGGCGAGGAUGGUGACGGUAGCCACAAAAGUACUCCUGCUGCUUCGGCCGCGUCCGCCUUGCUGGGCGGCAGAUCGGGAAUCACUGCUCAACUGCUUAACAAACCCAACUCGAGAACCCCGCCGUCUCAAGUGGCAUCCCCAAGACGAGCCCAGACCGUCCACAGCGGAGAUCCAAACCCGCCGACUACACGUACCAGCGGCCAUCAUCGCAACAACUUAUCACGCGGUGUUCUGUUGUGCGGUGAUGUAGUUCCGAUUCAGAAGCGGAAUGGUGCUACCGGAUCAGCAAGUCUCUGGGUCAAGGAGAAGCGCGUGGGGCUGAUCUGGGUGCUUGAGGAAAUUCACGAGGAUGUGGCGCACAUAGUGUUGGAUGAAGAAGGUAUCGUGCAGUCCGUUACAGGAGCAACCGAGCCUAUUUGGGGCUUCAAAACCACAAAACCGGGUUUUGAUGUUGCAAAACUUAUUCCACGGAUACCGCGCCAGGGCAUUGAUCCUAAUGAGGGCGAGAUUGACUUUGCCCAAACAAGUCGGAGGCGAUACUUUACAUGUCCCAACUCCCACAAGUCGAAUAUUCCAUGCGCCAUUGAGCAAGUUCGUGGAAAGUUAGAGCUGCGUGUCUCAACUUUUCCUCACAUGGCUGGCAUCGUUGUCGUGGAACCAGAAACGUUGAAGAUUCGUAGCUCAAACUCUGUCUUCUCUGGCGCUUUGUUUGGUUACGAGAAGCCCGAUGGCAUGCCCAUAUAUUCUCUCAUCCCCGACUUUGACAAGAUCCUUGCCACACUCACAGAAGAAGACGGGCUUCAGCUGCUGGAUGGCAUGGUCGUUCCAGAGCACAGGUUCCGCAGAGCGGCCGCAUUUUUCGCCUUGAAAGAACAACGUCCUAAUGCUGCCGCGGCCUUUCUACAGCCCGAGGGCAUACCGGCGAGACAUCGAGACGGCUCCGAGUUGAAAAUUGACGUGCAGAUGCGCGUCGUUGAGAGCGAAAAACACAUCGACAUCAUCGAAGAGAGCGAUUCGGACACAACUGAAGGGCACGACACCCGAGGUUCUGUUUCACAAUCAGAGCUGGUUUUUGCUUUGUGGAUAACGUAUUCACGGCACCUGCACACAUCGUCUCUACAUUUAAAUAUGGAAUCUCCCGAUCACUCUGUCGCUAUAACGCCGCCUCAUCAACCCUCACCAGGCCAAACUCCUGCACACACCCCGAUGGAAAUACCUUCAGACUCUGAUGAACCCAAGAUCGAGGCUGUCAAGCAACCAAUCAUAGCGAUGGCCACUGCUAUCCCCAAACAAAUCAAAGAGGCCGCACUUGACGCUGCUGCAAAAUUUACUGGACAUGCCAAACUAGAGCCGCCAAAGGAAGCCCCGAAGCCAGAGAAGUCUGGGGACGAUGAGCCUGAGCGCAAAACUACCAUUGAUGACUAUACCAUCCUUGAAGACAUGGGCCAAGGAGCUUACGGUCAGGUGAAACUUGCUAGGCACAAGAAGACAGGCAGGAAAGUAGUGUUGAAAUAUGUGACUAAGCGUCGUAUUCUCGUCGAUACCUGGACACGGGACAGAAAACUCGGAACUGUUCCCUUGGAAAUCCACGUCUUGAACUAUCUACGAAAACCCGAGUUUCGACAUCCCAAUAUUGUGGAAAUGGAAGGCUUCUUCGAAGACGACGUGAACUACUACAUUGAAAUGGCUCCACACGGUCUCCCUGGCAUGGAUCUGUUUGAUUAUAUUGAGCUUCGCGCAAAUAUGGAUGAGUCUGAAUGCCGGAGCAUUUUUGUUCAAGUUGCCCACGCUGUCCACUUCUUGCACACGAAAGCCCAAGUCGUUCACCGCGACAUCAAAGAUGAAAAUGUGAUCCUUGAUGGCGAAGGAAACAUCAAACUCAUCGAUUUUGGUAGCGCGGCAUACAUCAAGAGCGGCCCUUUUGAUGUGUUUGUGGGCACAAUUGAUUAUGCCGCACCAGAAGUCCUAGCCGGGAAGCCUUAUGGCGGCAAAGAGCAGGACGUUUGGGCUCUCGGCAUCCUCUUAUACACCAUCGUCUACAAGGAGAACCCUUUCUACAGUAUUGAUGAGAUUAUGGACCGAGACCUCCGUAUCCCCUUCAUCAUCAGCGAGGACAGCAUCGAUCUGAUCCGCUGCAUGUUGAACCGAGACGUUGCUCAGCGGUAUUCCAUAGAACAGGUGCUGGAUCACCCGUGGUGUAAGGCACAUAAAGCCAAAUAG